AUGUCGUCCAUGGUGGUUCGAGAUGAGAUCGGGGAUCAGGAAUACAACAAAUUUGGGACAUUUCGCCGUUCGCUGCGGCAAAUUAAUCCCUUUAAAAGCCGGCUGUUCCGAUUGCCGGCAACGCCAAGGUUAACGAGGGCAAGGAAGGGUAAGAGCGAGGAAAUCAUGGGCUAUUCAAAGCUCUUUCACUUUGAGUUACACUAAGUUAUUGCAUAUACUACAUCAUAUAACUUAAUAUAACCUCAAUAAUACUUUCAGGCCUCAGCAAAGCCGAAGAACCGACCAGUUGGAACUUCGAACGGCCUCUUUAUGGCUCUCAAAUGACCAACUCGGCCGUCACGGAGACCAGUUCGGCCGUUUACGAACAGAAUCCCAUGUGUAUGACGGUGCCUUCUGACAGUCCGGCCCUUCUUCGCAGCCUCCCACCUCGAGAGAAUGGGGUUGGAGGGAGCUGUCGAGUACGGAAUAAUCGACAUUCCCGACCGCCUCUUCCCAGCUAUGUAAGUGUGAAAGAUGGGUUUUUGAAGAGAGAUUUGAGGAUGAUUUAUGAUAGGGAAUGGGGAGUUGAGGAGGGUCAUUUGUCCGGAAAUUAAGGGUGUUUUCAAAACUCCCCAAGAAAUUCGACUCUCCUAAUCAUCUCUACUUUGCCUACCAUAUGUAAAUCACACAUUUCAGCACCCUCCCAACGCCCAAGAAGCCGAGGAAGUAAUCCAUGAGCACAUGAAGAACUUGAUGAUCAACUCCAACCAUCAACGACAGUUACAAUUCCUCCCCAACACCUCGUAUGAUCAUUCUGGGGAAGUGUAUGACGCCUCAUGGAGAGACUGUAAAAGUCAUGUCGAGAUCCCUACAGCUUCAGCUCAAUCAACAAUCUCCUGUUUACCGGCUGGUCGUCCAGCAAUGAGAUCGUUGAGUUAUGGAGCGAGAGAUGAGCCUCCAACUACGAGACAUCGUCCCCAAUAUCACCUCAAUGGGCUGUUUCAUCAGCCCAGCAUGAAAAGUUUGGUGGAUCAGAGUGCAAUCCUCAAGAAUAAGGUAAAUUAAACUUUUUGGUGACAAUUGUUUGACAAUUUAGCCGUCGUUUUUGUUCGAAAUGCAUGACUUUACUCCCGAAAACACCUCUGAUGUUGUCUUCUUGGGCAGAGAAUGGCUAUUCAAAGAAUUACAUCAAACUGUAAUCGCCGAACAAGCCAAGAUUACAUUGAUAAGAGGUGCAAAUGGCACUGGAAAGACCGCAAUCAUGCGCCAACUUCUUUUACACUCAUCCUUCUACGCGAAAAAGGUAAGACAACACUCAUAAGUAGUAAUGUUAACCUUAUACUCUUGCAGAAUUCAAACGGAGAUACUGUGGAUUCGGGUAUUGUCGUUGGAAAUCAAGGCUCCAAUGACUCCACAGUCAGCUCCAAAAAUUACGAAUGGUUGAGGAAAGUUGCAAACAAAGUCGUUGCCUAUCAUGAAUGUCAUUUAUAUUCAUCAAAUACUUGUGGAAUUCCUGAAUUCAUACAAAAUCUAGCCUCAUAUCUCCGAGCCAAUCCGGCCAUGAAGGAUUACAACGACCUAAUUGAAGAGAACGAUGAUCUCCUUCAACUUUUAGAAGGCGAAAACGAGGCUUUGAAGUUGUCGCCGAUCAAAUUAUUUACCAAACUCAUCGUAGAGCCGUUGAAUUUGGUGGAUAAACUUGAUUCGAAGCCCGAUACCGCGAUGAUUGUGGUGGAUGCCAUUGAUGAAGCCGAAUUUCAUCGAAACGAAAACGGAGAAUCGAUUUCAUGGCUUAUCCGAGAAUGCCAUCAUCUACUACCUCCAUGGAUCCGAUGGAUUCUAACCGCCUCAACUGAGAAUAUUCCCUUUGCCGGCGCUGAGGCCAGAUCUCUUUGGAUCGAUGACAUGGAACUCGAUGAGAGAGUGGCUCGAGAUAUGCGAUUGCUCGUUGAUUACCGAUUAACCACGAAUCCUCAAUUGGAGAAGAGAAUCUGCGAACAACGUCCUCAAUCUCCGAACCAAGUGCUCUGCGAUUUCGUCGAUGAAAUUGUUCAACGAGCCAAAGGAAACGCGCUGUUCAUUAUAUUGUUGAUGGAUAUCAUCGAGAAUGACCUCAUCCAGAUGCGGAACACUACCUUGUCUCUCUUGCCUCAGGACCUCAACCAACUCUACCUCUUGUAUUUUAACUGUAUUUUCACGUGAGUCCUUGCAACAAUUGCGUAACCCCAAAAAUUAUAUUGCUUUAGCUGUUACUUUGAUCCCUAGUUUGAUCUAUUUUCAGUUCUCUCCAACAGUUCCACGCUGCAUCAACGGUAAUGAGCGUGAUCCUGGCCUCAUUACGUCCGCUGACUUUCGAAAGGUUAUUAAAAAUUAUGAAUUCGGGUAAUGCUAACUAUGGUUUAUCCCCCAAGGAGUUGGAAAACAGGUACGUAACUCAUAUCUCAUGCUUAAAUCGAUUCAGGUUAUACUUGCUAAGUCCAUUUGUAUGUAAACUCUCUACUGGUGCGUAUGUUCAAUGUCAUAAUUCGUUGCGGGAAUGGUUGUUACAUGGGAGUAAUCAUACCGAUUAUCUUAUCAAUGUCAGGUAAGUACCCCUUUCUACAUAUCUGUACGAGCUGUUCUAUUCUACCCACUAAAUAUCAUCUUUCCAGAUAUGGCCACCUUCUUCAUGGUCUAUACUACACCAGAAAAGGUGAUAGUACCCCGGAAGACCUGUUCGAAUUAGGACAUCAUCUUCUGAAGGCCAAUCCCCACAAAUAUAUGCCUCCAGAUAUGGCCCCGGAAAUGCCGACUGGCCGAGAUGCGCAGGUCCUAUGGAUCCAAAGAUGUGCCGGAACCAAAGUUCAGAGUGCGCUCUUAUACCAACGGAAUGUUUUCUACCCAAACAACAAAGUGACUCGUCUACUUUUGAUGGCCGGAGCUCAAACCAACAUCUUUUGGCAUGAGAACCAAGAGCCUCUGCUCUGUUCGUAUGCUCGAUCUGGCAAUCUUAUUCUUCUACAACUCCUAAUCCACUAUGGAGUGGAGGUCAAUUGUUGCAGCAGAUCGACUGGCAUGAGUCCAUUAAUGCACGCAGUUAGAGAGAAUCACAAAGAAGCUGUCAAACUACUACUAGAAGCAGGAGUGGACAUUUGCAUGAGAGACAGUGUGGGACAGACAGUUAUGGUCCAUUCGGCAUUAGCAGGGUCUGUAGACAUGUUCGCACUCAUUUACGAUUGCGAUUGGGGAGAGAAUGCGAACAAAAUCAAAGCGGAUCAAGUCCAACAUAGUCUAGAAUUAGCGACAAAAGCCGGCCAGAUCGAACUAGUCGAAUUCAUCCUCAACAAAACUGAUGUCAAUGUAAAUCUUGUGAACAACAUGCUGAUAGCCUGUUCCAAUGGUCAAUUGGAGCUAGUUCAAUACUUCUUAGCAAAGGGUGUUACUCUUUCCAAAGAUCAGAGAUACGAUGGGAAAUCCUCAUUAAUAUGCGCCGUGGAGUCUGGCUCGUGGGAUCUGGUGGUCAGUGUUCUGAAUGGCUAUGACGGAGAGAUCAAUAAAGAUCUCGUGGAUGGAACUCAGUGGAAUGCGCUGAUUGUGGCGAGCAGAUUGGGCCAUAUUGGACUAGUGGAUUUGUUGUUGAAUAAAGGUGGGAUCUCUAUAUGGCGUUACUUUGAAAAUCUAUAAGCAAAUCAAGUCAGGAAUCCAUAACUAAAUUGAUUUCAGGAAUCGACAUAAACCAUCAGGAUGUUGAGGGCCUCUCCGCCCUUUCGCAUGCUAUUCUGAAUGAGCAAUUCUCAUUGGCUUCACAAUUAAUCAACCGAAAAGCUGAUAUCAACGUCGUGGACAAAGAUGGGAACACCUUGUUACAUCUACUAGCGAUUCAUCAUAAUAAAUCACUCGUUGAUCGGCUAUUAGAAAGUGGACUUCAGGUCGAUGCGAAGAACAAUGACGGUAAGAGAUGGAUAAAGUGAUUUUAGAAAGUCUUUGAAAUUGCCGAUGAUACCAGAGAUCUACAUAAAUAAAAACUCUAAAAGGGUCUUACGAAUAUCAUAUCGACCUAUAAAACCCAUCAUUUUUCAGGUAUGCGAGCAGUAGAGAUAGCCUUAACCAACGGCAAACAGAACGCAGUAGAUGUUUUCCUCCGCCGCGGCGCACGUCUUCGUUCGCUGACCUGGAAAAUCGCCGCCGAAUCGAAUCCUCAACAUGUUAUCUCACUAAUCCGAAAGUUAUUCGACGAUGGACGCACAUUAUACAGGAGGAACCGGUUCGAAGAAGCCAUGCAUCGAUUCCACCAUGCCCUCGAGAAAUGCACCGAAUUUCUUAUUGACGAAAACACUUUCACCCCACUAAUUGCAUCAUCAACAACAACGAAGAACAAGACCAACAAGAACAACACGAUCGAGGCGAUACAACCACAACUUCGACUGUGCAAAUGCGAGUUGUUGUACACAGUAGCGGACAUCAAGCGACAAAACAACGAAUUCCCGGAAGCCGUAAAGCUCGCCGGAGAAGCGCUCCGUUAUGCGGACACGGAGAAUGUGGCAUUUCAAUUACAUUAUUUCCGAGCGAAAUGCUACUUUGAUCAAGGAAAGGCGCAUGAUGCUCGUUCUGAGGCACAAUUAGCCGCCACUCUGAGGCCAGACAAUGGAGACAUACAAGUUUUGCUGAGCGCAUUGAACUCCCCCCGUGUUUAA